AUGUAUCUCACAGAGGCAGAAUUGCACGCUCUGGGCCUACCCCUGGCGCUGUGCAUCACUCCCUUGGGCACCAGCCGGUCCGUGCCCACAGCCCAGCCAGCGCCCCGGCAGGGGAAUGAGGGCGACGGGCAGCCCCGCGCCCCCGGCCGCUGCGGCUGCUGCGGCGCAUACGUCUGCGCCGCGGUGGGCUUCCGCCCCGAGGGCUGGGUCUGCGCCCUGUGCGGGGAGGUGAACGACUUUUCCCGUGGCGACAACUGGCGGUACAUGCCGGGCCCGGACUCCACCAGCCCAGCUCCGCUCCCAGGGCUGGAUGCCUCCCCGGCCGCCACAGACCUGGAGCAAACGGGCGCCGGCGCGGUGGAGGUCGACUGCCGGCCCAUGCUCCUCGCGCUGGUGGACGUGGGCGGCCCGGCGCCCUGCGUCGCCGCAUCGUGCGCGGCGCUGCUGGCGGGGGUGGAGGCCGCCCCAGCCGGCACCCUCUUUGUGCUGAUGACCUACGCGGGGGAGGAGCAGGAGGCGGUGUUCUGCGCUGACAAUUCUGCAGGCCAGGAGGCGCUCAGGCCGGCGCCCCUGCGCCAGCUGGCAGCCGGCGUGCCCCCAGCCCGCUGGCUCCUGGAUCUUGAGCAGGACAAGGAGAUCGUGGUGGCUACCUUGGAGGAGCUGGAGCUGGCGCACUCGGCGCCUGCCUCCCCAGGGCGGCAGGAGGCCCCUGCGCCUGCUGACGUGGCGGGCACGCUGUCCCUGGUCACGUGCGCCCUCGAAGCCCAUGCCCCCACCAUCGCCGCGCUAAGGAGCACAGACCCGGCCGCACUGCUGGACACGCGGCCUGGCGCGCUGGCCUGCAGCCGCCUGCUCUUCUUCGCUGCGCGGGUGCCCACCUCCGGCGCUGGCGCCGUGAUCGGGGUGGUCCAGCCGCCUUUGAUGAUGCCCUUGGAUCGGGGGGACUUGGACGACGACACCUCCACCAGGGCCUCCGCACCCCCACCCCCCGCCCAGUCGCUGCCGGGGUUGGACGCGGGGCACCCCGAACUCACCGCCUGGGGCGACGCAGGGGACGAGGAGACCCCGCCCCCCACCCCCGUGGCGGUGGACCCCGGCGUGCCCCUCGCGCCCGGCCUGCGCGAGGUCUGCCCCGGGGUCGCGCUGGCCUACGCCCCCGCCCACUCCGUACCCUACGCCGCGCUUGGCGCUGAGCUGGCGGCGCAGGGCGUCGUGCUGGACCUCUUCGCCCUGGGGCCGCACUUCCUGGGCCUCUACGCCCUGGCGCCGGCGGCGGAGGUCACCGGGGGGGCGGUAUACCGCUACCCCGACCCGCUGUCCUCGCGCCUGGCGCAGGACGUGUGCAAGCGUAUCGCCUCGCGCUCGGCGUCCGACUGCCUGCUGAGGCUGCGCUGCUCUCCGGGGCUGUGCGUCGCGGCGUCCCUGAACGCAGCCCUGACUCCCGUCGAUAGGGACUCGGACGGGCUGUGGCAGGCAGCGGCCGCCCACCCCGGCACCACCUGGGCAGUGGAACUGGGGUUCCAGGGUGGAAAAAUGCGCCAGCCCGCGGCCUUCCAGACGGCGUUCCAGUACCUGGCGCUGGUGGCGCAGGAGCCUGGCGCAGGCUGCGACGGCAGGCGAGCGGGAGUUUGUGCGUGGUCGUGGCGCCUCCAGCGCCGGCUCCGCAUCUGCACGCUGGUCUGCAGCGACUCGGCUGGGGCCUCACUCGGCCCAGGCCGCCCAUCCCCGCCUCAUGCCCUCCCCGACGUCGACCCCGCGGCCGUCGCGGCGGUGCUGACGCAGCAGGCAAUACGCGCGCUGCCGGGUGUUGGGCGCGAGGCGCUGGAAGCGGCGCUGGCGGACUGGCUGAGGGCCCUGGCUGCCAGCCUCUGGAAGCGCGGCCUGGGGCCCGCCUCCCACGACGGCCCGUCCUGGCUCCAGGCCCUCCUGCAGGGCCUGCACGCCCUGCUGAGGGCCCUGCACGGGCUCCAGCCGCAUGGCGAUGCCGACGCCGUGCGGCGCGCGCUCUGGGCCUCCCUCUGGCCCCCCCAUCUCCUCGCCGCGCUCUACCCCCGCCUCUCCAGCUGGGACAGCCACGAGGCCGAGGCCUUUGAGCGGCACUCCCUCUCUCGGCUGGCAAUGGUUCGUGGCACCGCCGCGCUGGAGCCCUUCCUCCAGGACGACGAGGGGCUGCGCAGCGACGACCCCGGUGUGCCUCUGGCCGCUCUGUGCCACGUGUCGUUCCUGCGGGCGCUGCAGCGGGUUGCUGUGCAUGCCUAG